CCUUAUUGGAUGAAAAGUAAAGAAUAUUGGAACAACAGUUUCGACGAACGUUACAAGAAACUCCACGAAGACGUUAUCAAUAAAAAACGACUCCCACUCAAGAUCAUCGUAGUGCCGCAUUCGCAUAACGACCCGGGAUGGCUGAGAACGUUCGAGGGCUACUAUCACUUGCAGACGAGCAAAGUGCUCAACUACAUGGUGGAAAAAAUGGCAGUAUUAAAACACAUGACGUUCGUUUGGUCGGAAAUAUCGUUUUUGGCGCUCUGGUGGGAAAGCGCUCAUCCGACGAAAAAGAAAGUGGUCCAGCGGUUACUGGCAGAAGGACGUUUGGAGAUCACUACCGGGGGAUGGGUGAUGACUGACGAAGCUACAACUCACGUCUAUGCCAUGUUGGAUCAAUUGAUCGAAGGUCAUCAAUGGGUGAAGAACAACCUCGGAGUGAACAUCAAGACCGGAUGGUCAGUGGACCCUUUUGGGCACGGUCCUACAGUGCCGUAUCUGCUGAAAAAGUCUGAGAUCACCGGCGGAACAGUCAUCCAGCGUUUGCAUUACGCGUGGAAGGAAUGGUUUGCACGGACGCAAAACGGCGAUUUCAUGUGGAGGCAGAACUGGGAUCGGUCCGGUCACACCGACACUUUGGUGCAUAACAUGCCGUUUUCCAUUUACUCGAUAAGAGGCUCUUGCGGUCCUCAUCCGCAGGUGUGCAUCAAUUACGACUUUCGAAAGGUGCCCGGCGAGUUCACCGAUUACUCGGAACUCGCGGUUUUCAUAGAUGACCAGAACGUUAAGCAAAAAGCCGACGUUCUGAUGGACCAAUACGGUCGCACUGCUUCCGUUUCACCGUACAACGUGGCUCUGAUACCGCUGGGAGACGACUUCCGGUACGACCACGACACCGAGUGGGACCAGCAGUACACCAACUACAUGAAGCUGUUCGACUACAUAAACGCCAACAAGGAGAGAUACCACGGGGCGGAAGUAGGUUUCGGCACGCCAUCGGAUUUCUUCCGGGCACUAAGGGAGAGGAGCGACGGACAGUUCCCCACGUUGCGUGGCGAUUUUUUCGUCUAUAGCGACGUGUUCUCCGAGGGCCGUCCGGCCUACUGGAGCGGAUACUACACGACCCGGCCAUACUGGAAGGUGCUGGAUCGUGAGCUGGAGAGCAAGCUCAGAUCGACGGAAAUCCUGUACACGUUUGCCGUCAACGAUGCCCGGCGGAAGAAGCUCCAGACAGUCAGGCUGCUGGAGCGGAACUACGAGAAACUGACUCGGGCCAGACAAAACUUGGCGCUAUUCCAGCAUCACGACGCCAUAACGGGCACGUCCAAGUCCUUUGUGAUGAACGACUAUGCUCUGAAGCUGUUCGAGGGCAUCCAAAACUGCGCGUCGAUCCAAAGCUUCGCAGUGCAGUGUCUGCUGUCCAAGGCUGGCGACUCGGGAGCGCCGCUGUCUUCGAAAAUCGUCGUGCCCGACAGUGACCGUCAGACGUACGACCAGCCGACGUACAGGCUGGCGUUGAAUAUCGACAAGUCUCGACCCCGAAACGUGAUCGUAUUCAACCCACUUGGCCGUCGGAAAACAGAACACGUCAAGGUUUUGGUAUCGGAACCGAACGUUAGGGUGGUGGACAGCGAUGGGUCAGUCGUCCGGCACCAGAUAAACCCCGUGUGGAACCUGAGCGAAGCGGCCGAGCAGCCGUUGACCAUGUCCAAAGUGUGCUUCGAGCUGCUGUUCGUCGCAGUCUUGGAACCGUUGAGUCUGACCACGUUCACCGUCCAGAAGGCGCCGAACCCGGAAGGUCUGGCACUGGUCUACUGCAAAAACUGCGGCGGACACUCAGUGUUCACCGUUAACCCCUUGAGGCUCGGCGACGUGCAGCUCGAGAACGAUCACCUUCAAGUGCUGUUCGAUGGCAGGACUGGCCUUUUGAGUUCGAUCGUGGACAAGGGCACGGGGGUGUCGCAGUACGUGAACAUUGACUUCGCGGCUUAUCAAGCGGCACAGCUGCACAGCGGCGCGUACCUGUUCAUGCCGGACCCAAACCUGCGGGACACCGAGAAGAAGGUGCUGGACGACUAUCCCGGCCCGUCGACAGUGAUCAUAACGUCCGGGCCCAUAUCGUCCGAGAUCACGGUCGUCUACGGUAUAGUGACGCACAGGGCGAGACUKUACCAURGCAAGGGUGUGGAGAGCAAGGGCCUGUACGUGGAGAACGUGGUGGACUUCAAGCAGCCGCCCAAGAACCGGGAGACGGAGCUGUUCAUGAGGCUGUCGUCGGGCAUCGUCAACGGUGAACCGGCGGUCAUCUACACAGACUCCAACGGGUUUCAGAUGCAGAAGCGGGUGACGGUAAAGCGGGUGGGCAUCGAGGGCAACUACUAUCCGGUCACGACGACCGCGUACAUCGAGGAUGACCGGCACCGUCUGACUGUGCUGGUGAACCACGCUCAAGGUGCCGCUGGAUGGGAGCCGGGCCGGAUUGAGCUUAUGUUGGACCGGCGGACGUUGUACGACGACUCGAGGGGUAUGGGUGAGGGGGUGGUGGACAAUAAGCCGACGCUAACAAAAUACUGGAUACUGCUGGAGACGGUGUCRAACGACAGAAGCGGCUCGAAGGGUGGCGACCGGGUGUCCAACCCCAGCCUAGUGGCCAACCAGCUGUCCGAGAGCCUGCUGUACCCAGCCGACGUGUUCGUCGUCGAACCGGACGCCGAACACCACCUCCACCCCGGUCUGUCCAUGAUCGACAGGCCGGUACCGUGUGACGUGCACCUGAUGAACUUCCGGACCAACACCGAUCCGGUGUUCCAGCAGUUCCCGUCGCCGUCUGCACUCAUGGUACUGCACCGGAAGGGCUACGACUGUCGAGUGGACAAGGGUUACCGGAUACCCGAUUGUCAGCUCAGACGGGACAGGGGCGUGUUCGAUGUAGGCACCACGUUCGCUGGACUCGACCGACUGCAGAUCGCCAGGACCACGGUCACCGGUAUGCAUCCGAUGGACGACAUCGACCGACUUGACCAAGUGGAGGUGGCCCCAAUGGAGUUGGCCGUGUUCAACGUGACGUUUGUAGAUUGAACGAAUUACUCCUCCCACACAACACACARUUAAUGUUAUAAUACUUUUGUAAUAAUUCCUGUCCGUGAUCAUCAAAUUUCUAGAACCUCGCGCCCAGUUACAAUAACGGAAACUGGUAUUAUCGACAAUAUUACAUUUAUAAUUAUAUGACGUACUUUUAUACAGUAUGAGUAUCAAUGCCGAACCUGUGAAAGGGAGGGUUCAACCCCUUCUCUCCUCGAAAUUUUUCUUGGAUAAAACAUUUUAUGUUAACAAUUAUUAUAAUCAGUGUAAUUUAAAAAUAAUAUUUCAUACCCAUCCUUAYACCCUCGAAAAAAUUGAUCUGAAUACGGCCUUGAGUACUAAUCGUUUCUGUGACCACUGCUAAUUAUAAUUAAUGUUUUAUCAUAUUAUGUUAAUUUUUUUAUUGUUUUACUCAAUUACCCACAUUUAUCGUAUCACUUAUCGGAACACAAUACAAUAGAUUUACGAUAAAUAAAUAUUUUAUAAUUGGGCUGUAUUGUACAUUAAGGUAUUAAUUUAAAAGUUCAGCUGGCAGAUGGUUAUUUAUAGAAAUAUGGGGAUUGACACGAAACUCUUCGGCACAAGGAAGUUCGUUUCUGUCAGGCGCUUAGCAUAAAAACGAAACGUGAAUACRAAAUAUGUUCUCAAAGUUUUAGMUGAACAAAAUUAUUGUACUAUAUAUAUAAACGUAAGCGAUUAUAAUAUCGUUAGGUAUGGCGUUAUCGUUGUUUGUAAAAAUAUAUAUAUAUAUAUAAUAUGUUAACUUGAAACUUGUAUAUU